AUGGCCGCAUCAACAAUCAAAGGGGCAGCCGCCCUCACUCAGUUCCCGUCGAAGCCGCGAGUCUUCAUUUUGACAGACAUUACCAACGAGCCUGACGAUGCAGAGUCCUUCUGCCGUUAUCUCACUUACUCCAACCAAUUCCGCACAGAAGGCGUUGUCGCCGUCACGUCGGUAUGGCUCAGGAACAAGGUCGCGCCGCAAAACCUCCACGAGAUUGUGAAUGCGUAUGAGAAGGUUGUCGACAACCUCAACGCCCACGCGCAUCCGGGCUCCCCCUACCCUUCGGCGCAGACAGUGAGAGACCUCAUCAAGUCUGGUCCUCCGGUCUAUGGCAUGGAAGCUGUCGGCGAUGACAUCCCUCUGAGUGAAGGCGGCGAGCUGCUCCUCGAGCGACUAACCGCGCCCGACGCCGAGCCGCUCUGGGUCCUCGUCUGGGGCGGCAUCAACGUGCUCGCCCAGGUGCUGCACAAGAUCCGCAACCGCCCCGACGCCGCGGCCCUGCGCCAGAAGCUGCGCGUCUACACCAUCUCCGACCAGGACGACUGUGGCGCCUGGAUCCGCCAGCAGUGGCCUGAGAUCUUCUACAUCUGCUCCGUCCACGGCUGGAACCAGUACCAGUGCGCCGCGUGGAUCGGUAUCUCCGCCCCCUGCGCGGGUGACCAGGGCGGACCGGACGGUUCCAAAGUGACGCACGAAUGGGUCAAGGAGAACGUUCAAAUCGGCCCCUUGGGCGCGGCAUACCCCAACUUCGAGUUUAUCAUCGAAGGAGACACGCCUACCUUCCUCUACCUCAUCCAAAACGGCCUUGGUGUUCCCGAAGAGCCCAUUUACGGAUCCUGGGGAGGGCGCUACAUCCCGGCCAACGUCAGCUCCAGGGGCUUGCCCGCCAGGGGCCACUUUGCCGAUGCCAUCGACACCGUGAUCGGUGUCGACGGCAAGCCGCACAGAUCGAACCAAGCUACCAUCUGGCGCUGGCGGAAUACCUUCCAGGACGACUUUGCGGCGCGCAUGCAGUGGACUCUGACGUCCGACUUUAGCAAAGUUAACCACCACCCCGUUCUUUCAGUCAACGGCGACUCCAGUCUGACGCCAAUCCAUAUUGAUGCAGACGCCGGUGGUGUUAUAUCGUUCGACGCAUCUGAGAGUUACGAUCCGGAUGGCGAUAAGCUGAGUUAUAAGUGGUAUCAGUACCGUGAGCCCAGCUCGCUGCAGACGUACCACGGCAUGGAGGUCUCUGAGCUUGAGAUCAAGCCUCUGAACGAGGACGGAAGCAAGGUGGAAAUCACCAUUGCCCCAGCAGAAAAGUCGUGUUUGGUUUGGAGGGAAAAGAUUCCUCUCGAGCGCGGUCUCCCUCUCCAUUUGAUCCUCGAGGUCAAGGACAACGGCUCGCCGCCUUUGACGAGCUACCGCAGAAUCAUCAUCCAGCCGAUCGACCGGAACUUCAGUUCAAGAAAGUAG